CUGUGAUGGAGGAGGCGCCAUGUUGUAGCUGCGGGUAGAGAAGCGGGAUCAGCACCCGACACGUCCGGCUCCGACCCGGCCCCGACCCGGCUCCGACCCGACCCGGCGACCCGCUCCUCCCUCCGGGCCCGUCCCCGCUGCUCCGCGGCCCCGCCCCGGCUCCAGACGCACCAUGAGCGGCGGGACUCCGUACCUGGGCUCCAAGAUCAGCCUGAUCUCCAAGGCCGCGAUCCGCUAUGAGGGCAUCCUGUACACCAUCGACACGGAGAACUCCACCGUGGCCCUGGCUAAAGUGCGUUCCUUCGGGACCGAGGACCGGCCCACGGACAGACCCAUCCCCCCCCGGGACGACACCUUCGAGUACAUCAUCUUCCGCGGCAGCGACAUCAAGGACCUGACGGUGUGCGAGCCCCCCAAGCAGACCAGCUCCCUCCCCCAGGACCCCGCCAUCGUGCAGUCGUCCAUGGGCUCCGGCUCCUCUGCCUCCGCCCCCCCGACCCCGUUCCAAGCCGCUGGUUCCUACGGACUCUUCAACCGGGCCCCGGUUCCUGCCUACAGCCAGUUCAGCACCAGCCCCCUGGCGUCCCCCCAGUUCGGACCUGCUGGUGUCGGCCGCAGCAGCCCCCCCCCGGACCCUCUGAGGAAGAGCCCCACCUUAGAGCAGGUGAUCGCGGCCGCUCCGUCGGCCCCGAGCUCCGCCUCCAUCGCUCCGGCUCCUGGCCUGGGACGCAGGAGCCCCCCCCACACUCGCACGACUCCCCUCGCCGCCGGGCAGAGCGGUCAGAAGGUCCAGCUCCAGGACGGCGUGGACCCGAGGAGGGGCGAGGCGGUCAGAGGAGGCCGCGGCGGCGCCCAGGGCUGGUCUGCGCCGCGGACCGUCUCCGCCUCUCACAUGGCGGCUGCAGAGAGGGCGCCCCCUGCAGGCCUGAGCCACUCUGUCUUCAGCCACGCUGCGCCUCCCGGAGCACCGGCUAACCGCCGCGGGCGAGGAGGCGGGCACCGCGGCAGAGGGCGCUUCAAUGUUCGCCGGGACGGACCCAUGAAGUUCGAGAAAGACUUUGACUUUGAGAGCGCCAACGCCCAGUUCAACAAGGAGGAGAUCGACCGCGAGUUCCAGAGCAAACUGAAGCUGAAAGACGAGAAGACGGACAAGGCAGAGAAGACGCUGAAUGGCGAGGACAAAGGCGAGUCCGGCGUGGAGACUCAGAACAGCGAGGUCAACGCCGAUGAGGAGGGCGAGACGCUCGGCCCCAACGUCUACUACGACAAGUCCAAGUCGUUCUUCGACAACAUCUCGUGUGACGACAGCAGGAAAGCAAACGAUAAGACCGGAGGCUCCGUGUUCCCACGGGAGCGGAGGCAGACCUGGGCGGAGGAGAGGCGGAUGAAUGCUGAAACGUUUGGUCUCCCUCUGCGUCGCGGGCGCGGCGGUUACCGUGGCCGCGGCGGGAUGGGUUUCCGUGGCGGUCGGGGGCGUCCUGUGAGCCGAGGGUCCUUCGGACCCCCACAGGGAGGCGGGGGGGGCUUCAGGGGAGGAUACAGAGGAAACCAGGCCGGCCGGGAGUUUGGCGACUUGUCAGCGUUCAGGAAGGACAACAAGGUGUCUGCGUAGCGUCUGGACCAAGCUCCUCCUCUUUGGAGGCGGAGCACUGGAAGAUGGUCGACUGGUUGUAUAUUUGUCACCAGCACUGGGGUCGACUGCUCCAAAGCAACGUAACUCUGAAUCUUUCAGGUGGAAACGACUACGAUGCAGUUUAUCACCGAAACCGUUAAAUCACAAACUCAAGAUCUGUUCAAAAAUGUCCUGAAAUAAUAAUAUUCACGUUUCAGAAGAUGGUUUUGUUUUGGAUACAUUUUCUGCCCCUGAACCUGUAUUUGAUCAUUUGUUGUCCAGUGUGGUCACAUGACCUCUCACUGAUGUAGCUUUAUUCUGUAAUUCUGUGAGUCCAGCGCCAGGUCUCAGCUUUCUAAUGUGUUUUUCUACCGUGUCCCUCUCCUCGCCGCCGCCUCUCCUCGCCGCCGCGCUCGUGACUCUGGCCUGAAAUCUUUUCACACUUCACCUGCGUUUUCUUUUCCCGUCGAUCAUAAGAUGUUGACUUCUGUGUUUGAGCUGAAAGUUAAAUAAUCUGUAAUUUUCACAAUCGGUCGAUGGUCAGUAAACGAGAGGUUCACAUGUGAGGCUGUAACUUCAUCUUCUUUCACGUUGCUGCUGCGUGAAAGAAUAAAAUCUGUUUUGACAGCGAUCACAUCAGUGUAAAAACUAAAUGAACGAUCGCCAGGAAAUAACUUUUCAAGCAAAAACAGUGAAAAAUCCUCUUAUCACAAGAUUUCCUAUUUUUCUGUUACAAAAUGAAAUAUUCUGUGGUUUGUGGAUUUUUUACAGAUUAAAUUGUUUUGAUUCACUGAAACAACACAUUUAUCGAUCAAGAUUAUUGAUUAAUAUACAUUAUUUCUUUUUAUUUCUACAUUUAAUGUGUCAUAAAGCAGAAAAACAUAUUCAUAUUUCAAGGCGAGUCAUUUCACACAAAUGUACAACAAUGUGUUUUUCUACGUUUUCUAGAUCUAAAGUAAGAAAAUAACAUUUCUUGUUCCUUUUGAUGGAAAUUUCCACAAACAUCUUCCAGCUGAGAAAACCUUCAUGCUUGUUAUUGAUGUAAUUUUCUUUUAACUCUGACACAUUGAAUGUAGAAAUAUAAAGACACACUUCGCCUUCCUCAUUAAGCCAUUCUCAUCUCUGUAACCAUGGAAACGGUCUGGUCUGCGGCGUGAUGUCACGUACCAUGAGAAGCAAAAGUUUCUGAACAACUUUCAUGAUUUUCAUUUCUGAGUGAACGAAGGAUCGGAUGAAUCGAGACGUAAUAACCUGACGUGACAUGUUUCUGAUAAAGACGAUUGUUGUCAUGGUAACUGACUCCUCCCACAGAACAGGAUUAAAACAUGUGCGUUGUUCUUUACAGACAAAUAUUGUUCAUUUUAGUUUAAAAUGUAUAAUGUUCAUUUGUUUUAUUGUUCCUGUGAAGACAAGUAAAUUUACCUUUAAUGACGUCACCGCUCAGGAAACAGCUGAGGAGACUUUUAUUCUGAAAUGUUGAGGUGGAGCUGAAUCUGUUUCCUGUCGCAGAAGUUUCUCCUUCACAUUAAAGCUCUUAAAAAGA